AUGGCGGCGGGGUUCGGCAUCAGCAAGGCUGGGCUCGGGGGGCUGCCCGACGAGGCGAUCCUGGGCCCGACGGCGGCGAGACGUGCCGCCCGCCGCAGGUGUCAGCAGGCCUGUGAGGGCGCGCUGCGGAGCCUCCUGGCGGCGGCAGUUAUGCCUGGAUCAUGGCAGGACCGCGAGCGGGCCGCCCGACCCGCCCUGCGGCUGGCAGCGGCGGGCGCUCGCGUGCCAGGCAGCGCCAGGCGUCGCAGAAAUGCGGCCUGGCAUGCUGCCGUGGCGCCAGCGGCGGGGCGGCUGGCUUUGCGCGGGCCUGCGAUGCCGCCAUCUCGGCGGCGGCGAGCGGCCCCAGGCUGGGCGUUCCUGCCCCUUUCCACCCCUCCGGCAGCGCCGCGGCAGGUGGCGCCCAUUACGCCCACCACGCUGCGGAAGGAGGCGCCGCCGUGGCCUGAGGGCUGGCAAGCGCAGAAGAGCGAAGGGAAGGGGCAUGGCGACGACGACGACGGGGACGAGACCUCCGAGCAGGCCAUCGACGACGCGUACCGCGUGCUCGCCGAGGAGGGCCCCGAGGUCCAGGCCCCAUGCGAUCCUGACGAGGAGGAGGGCAGGUCGGCACUCCCGCAGCGGGCGGCCGUGGUGGCCUUUGCGCUGCCUCGCUCUGCGCGGGCGGCCGUUGCCUUGCAGAGCGGCCCCGAGGAGGUCGAAGAGCCCGUCGGCAAGACGGAGGGCGAGGUCAUGCUGUCGUUCGGCGUGGAGGUUCCCACAGCUUGCGUGGCUGCGGACGUGGACGGCAUCUCGUGCGGUCUGCACGGGGACGAGAGCGCGGUUGCCUGCCAGGCAGCCCCUUGCGCGCGGAUCGAGCUCAGGCAGGCCGAGAUCGCCUUCGAGGUCGACUUCGACGGCCGCGUGGUCAUCGGCGCCCUCGUGACGACGGCGGCGGACUCCCAGGGCGUCCCAGUGCGAGUCUACGACUUGUUGGAGGACGGGUGCGUCGUAGUGCCCAGCACCCGCGUGCGGAGCAGGGCGCUGCCGGCCGCCUGGGUUGCUGCCGAAGCAGCGCGGUUGCAGCGGCUGGGUGCUUCUCAGCCCUUCGUGCACCGCCUCGCCGCUCGGGAGCGCGAGGCACUGGCCGAUCAGCACCGCCUGCGCUGGCUCCUGGACGCCUGGUGGCGCAUGGUCCCUCGUGAAUGCUCCUCUCACGGCACGGCCCUUGAAGAGCAGCUGACAAGGAUGAACGAGGUGGUGUGCGCCGAUGACGACUUCGACGGCUCCUUCGGCAUGGGCGUGGCGCAGCGGCCGUUCGAGCCGCAGAUGGCGCCCCCGCCGCCGCCGCCGCCUCCGCCUCCGACUUCGCGCCCUCCUCCCUCCAGCUCUACCCGUGGCGGCGGCCGCCGCGAGCUCACGGCAGACGAGCGGCAGGGACCUGCUGAGCUGGAGGCUUACUUCAUCGGGUACUUCAAUCGACAUCGCUGUUAUGAUGUAUGGAGGUCGCAGCACGAGUGCCAGCUGCGCGGAUGGCCUCACAAUCUGUCCUCUGAGCCUCGCUUGCUUGCGCCGUCGCUGUUUGCAGUCGGUGCCGUGUUUAGGAGUCGUGUUACGCUUCUGGAGGGCUGUGCGGGGUUUCAGGUUUUUGUCUCCCCCCUCGGGGCCUGGAGCUAAAGGGGCCCACCCGUGGGGCCUGGGGCUGGGUGAGGCCACGGAGGGCCCUCGACCCUUGCCUUGGGGUGCUGGUGGGCGCAGCCUCAGCACGGCAGCUCGGUGGAGGCAGGGCGUGCCCCCGAGACGGCUCGGCAGGCGGACAACCCGCUCGAGAGCCCUGCGCACGGGCCUGGCGAGGUGUAGACGCCCCAGGCUGACGAUGCACC